GAGUAGGACAGAGGAAGAGAGAGAAAACCAUUUGUUUAGAGAGAGAGAGAGCAUACGAUUUCUCACAUUGUCACGGUGAAAACCUACAAAGCCCCCUUUUGAGAGAGAGUGGAAGUGAAUGAAAGAAAGCAGGUAAUCCUAGAGAGAGAGAGAGAGAGAGAGAGAGAGUGGAUGGAUGGGUGUAAAGAAGCUCUGGGAUAUCUUGGAGUCUUGCAAACAAACUCUCCCUCUGCAUCACCUCCAGAACAAAAGGGUAUGCAUAGAUCUGUCAUGUUGGUUGGUUCAAAUUCACAAUGCAAGCAAACCCCAUAAUGGAAGUAGAGAGAAACUCUAUCUCAGAGGCCUUUUUCACAGGCUCAGGACUCUCAUAGCUUUGAAUUGUAGCCUCAUUUUGGUUGCAGAUGGAUCUAUCCCUGCAAUCAAAUUGUCCACUUAUAGAAAACGUUUGGGUACGGAAUGUGAGGUUCUUCAAGAUGGGAGGAACUCACAAAAGACAACUUCACUCCAGAGAAACAUGGGGUCGGAGUUCUCAUGUAUGAUAAAGGAGGCAAAAGCUCUUGGUGUUGCUCUCGGAAUUCCAUGCUUGGAUGGGUUAGAAGAAGCUGAAGCACAGUGUGCAUUGUUAAACUCAGCAUCCUUAUGUGAUGGGUGUUUCACUGCGGAUUCGGAUGCGUUGUUGUUUGGUGCUAGGACAGUGUACAGAGAUAUUCAUUUAGGGGAGGGUGGCUUUGUUGUUUGUUACGAAAUGGCAGAUAUAGAGAGGAAACUUGGGUUUGGAAGGAACUCAUUGAUCACUUUAGCCCUUCUUCUUGGUGGGGACUACUCUCAAAAAAUUCAUGGUGUUGGCCCUGAGGUUGCUUGUAAGCUUGUUAGAUCUAUAGAUGAAAAGAACAUCCUGCAACGUAUUGCUUUAGAAGGUUUGGCAUUUGCAAGGAAGACAAAAGGAACAAAGAAAAAGGAGGGCUUACUAUCUUGUGAUGCUGACAAAGAGAACGAAUGGAACUCCUUACAGACUAUGUGCUCAAGCAAGAAAGAACAUGAAAGUGAUGAAUACUAUCGACAAGUGAUAGAAGCGUACUUGAAACCAAAAUGUCACUUACCCAAUUCUCCAGCCGUUGAGAGGGUGCUACUUCAAUACCCAUUUCAGCAAAGGGAGCUUCAAAAGAUAUGCGCUCAUGCUUUUGGUUGGACCCCUGAUAAAACAGAUGAAUACAUCAUGCCUAAGAUUGCUGAAAGGGAUGUCAGACGGUUGGCAAACCUGCGUUCUCUCUCACUUGCACUAGGAGUACAAGCUCCAUACCAGCAUAUAAGGGUGGGCUAUCGAAUUGCUGCCAUUGUAAAGCCGAGAAAGGUGCAGGGGAAAGAAUGUUUUGAAGUAGCUUGGGAAGGAGAUCCUUGCCUUAAAACCUCUGUAAUCCCAGCUGAUUUGGUGAAGAGUGCUUUCCCAGAAAAGGUAGAAGAGUUCAUGUCAAGGAAAGCUGAAACCAAAAAGAAAAACAAAAAACCCAAGAAAAUGCAAAAAGAGUCGAAGCCCACGAAUUCAGAGAGCUGCAAAAUAAUCAGUGGCAUCGAUACCCAAUUGGGAGAAUUAUCUAUAACACCGAAGCGGCCGAGUAAAAAGACAUGUAUGCCUAUAUCCAUUGAAACCAUUGAUUUAUCAACCCCAUCGCCAUCACCACCAUUGGUAAAGCAUGAUGCUGUCAGUUGUCUUGCUUCCACUGCCCGAGAUAUAGAUGUGAUCAAUGUAAUUGAAACUGACACGGAAACAGAAAAUGAGGUGUCACCUGAGCAUGAGAGAAAGGCUAAGGAACUGAGGUUGUUUUUGGACAGUAUAAGGACAGAGCUCUCCUAGAGAGAGAGAGAGAGAGAGAGAGAGAGAGAGAGAGGUGUUCAGAUAAGUUAAACUCGAAUGGCAGCCGCAAUAUUCAUCAAUGUAUUGGCAUUGCUUGGCCAUGGGUGCAUCUUGCAGGUUUGUAAUAUAUCAUUGGCUCAAUGAGUGAUUUUUAAGUA